AUGGAUCCUGACUGGAACCCUAAAUCGGAAGAAUUCACUAAACGUGUUGUUUAUUUACAGAAGUUGAUUGACAAAUUUUGGAACAGAUGGUCGAAGGAAUAUCUGUUAGAGCUACGAGAAUCUCAUCGUAACACUUCCCAGAAUUCGUUGUCUCAAGAAAUAAGCGUAGGAGAAAUGGUUUUAGUACAUCAAGAUAAUCAGCGUCGGGGAUCGUGGAAAUUGGGAAAGGUUGACAAACUGAUUAAGGGUGAUGACCACAAAGUUAGAUCUGCAAUUGUAAAGGUUAAUGGAGAAGGAAAGAAAGCAAACCAGUUGAAGAGACCUAUCAAUAAACUAUAUUCAUUGGAAGUAAGAUCGCAAGACGAAGACAAAUCAAACUCAGCGAAUGUACCCGAGACGCAAGCCAAUAUAGAACAGUUGGUUCAGGAUCAACAGUAG